UUUUCUCUCAAAAUCUGGAUAAAGUGGGAAAAAAUCAUAAAUCUAUUAGUAGCAAAAGUUUGUGAACACCAUCUUCGGAUCGACCUGAGCCCUUUCCCUUCUUUUUCCUCCCCUAUCUUGUGCAAUUAUGGCUCAAUUAUAGAGUUCUGGAAUCUUGAAUUUCAUCCCUUUCCCCUAAGAAUUCAUCCUUUUCUUCCGAUCUCCCUUUUGCAUUUCGAUGCUUGCUUUUUAGGGCUCUUCGUUGUAUUCGCCUUCUCCUCCGUGUUCUUCUCUAAAGGGGACUUGGAGGAUCUACCGUGGUUGUAGGUAGUGAUUCGAGGAUUGGGGGUUCGAGAUUUAGGGAUGGAUAGUCAAGGCAAUUUCUCCGAGCGCGAGGUUCCUUCGGAUCCGGAUGAUGGGUAUUCGAAAUUUAGGAUAUUGGGGCAAGAUGGUUUACCGGUGUUUGGGAAUUUCCAAAGCAGUUAUGGCUUCCAGAAGGCUCAGGAUAUAGCCUUGUCUAACCUUAGGUUCCAGUUAGGGUUAGGGUUGGACGAUUGCUCUUUGGGUGGUGGGGUUGAUCCGAAAGCAGUUUCGUUGCUGCCUUAUGCUGAUGGCAACCCCAGGGCCUUGCUCAAUAAUCUGGUUUUUCUUGAGCAGAAGGUUCAUGAUCUUCAAGGUGUGGUGAGUUCCAUGAUCGAAGAGAAUUGUGGGAUGGAUAGGUCCUUGACGAGGCAGCAGAUGAUUAGGGCUGAUAUUGCCUCGAUCAUAGCUCAAUUGCUGUCGGCGGCUGGACGGUUGAUUCCGGCGGGACAGCAGCUCGGUCAGGGCGUUGUGGGAUCUGGAUUCGGGGACGAGUCUUUGUUUGCUCAAGUAGCUGGGGUUAGUGGGAUUGACGUGAUGGGCAAUUUGCAGCAGAUGGAUGACGUCUUGGAGGCCGAUGGUGAUAUCAAAUUGGGGAAUAUGUCGAUCGAUUUUAGUCGAUUUCAGGACGAAGAUUUUCCCGGCAACAUACUGGGAACGCCAUCGGAGAUUGGACUUCCUGCAGCGAUAUCUACAGCCCAGGGUGACGUGAAGAUGGCAUUUGAUGAUGAAGUUAAGCAGCCGGGUUCCAACCAAUCUGAGUCGUCAAUGCCUCGUGUCAAUGAAUCUGAGAAUGUUUCAGGUGGAGAUUUGGAAUUGCAUGGAGCAAUUAAAGAUGAGGAUGAGGAUGGGGAGGAAGAGAACCUUGCACCUGGUACAUAUGAGCUGCUGGAGUUGGAAAAAGAUGAGAUUCUUGCUCCACAUACCCACUUCUGCACAAUAUGUGGCAAGGGAUUCAAGCGAGACGCUAAUCUCCGGAUGCAUAUGCGCGGGCAUGGCGAUGAAUAUAAAACUCCAGAAGCCCUGGCAAAGCCGAACAAGGAUUCAAAACUGGACAGCGGUCACUUAAAGAGGUACUCAUGUCCUUUUGAAGGAUGUAAGAGAAACCAAAAGCACAAAAAGUUCCAGCCACUGAAGACCAUCCUUUGUGUGAAGAAUCACUACAAGAGAAGCCACUGCGAUAAGAGCUACACCUGCAGUAGGUGCAAUGUGAAGAAAUUUUCUGUGAUUGCAGAUCUAAAAACGCAUGAGAAGCACUGUGGGCAGGAUAAGUGGCAGUGCUCAUGUGGAACAACUUUCUCUAGGAAGGACAAGUUGUUCGGUCAUGUUGCUCUGUUCCAAGGCCACACGCCUGCCCUUCCUCUGCAUGAAACUAAAGGAUCUUCACAUUCAGAUGAAGGCGGGAAGCCAGAAAAAGUGAAGAAUAGUGGGAAAGCAGUAAAUAACCUGCCUCCAAGUGCUGCUGGAACUGAGCAAGGAGUGGCUGCUCCAGUAUAUACUACUGGAAAUGUAAAUGGCAACUCAAGGUAUGAAAGGGGUGGCCUGAUUGGAAAUAAUGCGGCUCCUACCAUCAUUGGCUUUAGUGGGGACACAAAUAAGAACAACUGUCUUGGUAGAUCAAGUAUGGCAGAAAGGUUUCCUCAGUCAGUGUCUGAUCCAACGGGAGGAUCAUUUCCCUUACAAACCAUGUUAUCAAGCAACUUCUUCUAGCCAAACGGGGAACCUGAACCCCGGUGGAUUGUAAGCACAGUCCUAUGGACGCUUUUAGCUUAUCUCCUGGAAUCUGUCAGAUUAUGUUCUUAUUAGUCUCCAAUUAUGAAGCAGCAAGUAUAUUAAAUAUUUUCGUGGGAUCCUACUGUAUCUUAGUGCUUCUGUAAAAUCAAGUACUAUUUCCGUUGUAUUAGUAUAUGACCUUCCAAUAAUGUAGCCUUCUUGCUCUUCCAUUUGAUCAAGUGUGUCUUUUCUUA